GCCAGCACCCGCCGCGCCGCGCCGCAGCUCGGGGACCGGCCCCGGUCGCCGCCGCCUUCGCCGCCGCGAUGGGCAACGCCGCCGCCGCCAAGAAGGGCAGCGAGCAGGAGAGCGUGAAAGAGUUCUUAGCCAAAGCCAAAGAAGACUUCAUCAAGAGAUGGGAGUCCCCAACCCAGAACACAGCCCAGCUGGACCACUUUGAGCGCAUCAAGACCCUGGGCACAGGCUCCUUCGGGCGGGUGAUGCUAGUGAAGCACAAGGAGACCGGGAACCACUUUGCCAUGAAGAUCCUGGACAAGCAGAAGGUGGUGAAACUGAAGCAGAUUGAGCACACGCUGAAUGAGAAGCGCAUCCUACAAGCUGUCACCUUCCCCUUUCUCGUCAAGCUCGAGUUCUGUUUCAAGGACAAUUCAAACCUCUACAUGGUGAUGGAGUAUAUUCCAGGUGGGGAAAUGUUCUCACACCUGCGCCGGAUUGGAAGGUUCAGCGAGCCCCAUGCGCGCUUCUACGCGGCCCAGAUCGUGCUCACCUUCGAGUACCUGCACUCACUCGACCUCAUCUACCGGGACCUCAAGCCCGAGAACCUGCUCAUCGACCAGCAGGGCUACAUCCAGGUCACCGACUUCGGCUUCGCCAAACGCGUGAAAGGCAGAACCUGGACUUUGUGCGGGACCCCCGAGUACCUGGCCCCCGAGAUUAUCCUCAGCAAAGGCUACAACAAGGCCGUGGACUGGUGGGCCCUCGGGGUCCUCAUCUAUGAGAUGGCUGCGGGGUACCCCCCAUUCUUCGCCGACCAGCCCAUCCAGAUCUAUGAGAAGAUCGUCUCUGGGAAGGUGCGGUUCCCGUCCCACUUCAGCUCCGACCUGAAGGACCUUCUGCGGAACCUGCUCCAGGUGGACCUGACCAAGCGCUUCGGGAACCUCAAGAACGGGGUCAGCGACAUCAAGAACCACAAGUGGUUCGCCACCACCGACUGGAUCGCCAUCUACCAGAGGAAGGUGGAGGCCCCCUUCAUACCCAAGUGCAAAGGUCCUGGGGACACAAGUAACUUUGACGACUACGAGGAGGAGGAGAUCCGUGUCUCCAUCAACGAGAAGUGUGGCAAGGAGUUCUUGGAGUUUUAGGGUUCGGUAGUGGCCCUGCGCCUCCCUCCUUCUGCCGCUGCACCUUCCUGCCCACCUGCCUCCCGAAUCCAUUCAAGCCCUGCUGGGAAGGAGAGUGACUCAAAGAAGGAGCUGGAGUUCGGGGACCCUGGCCUGGUCUGGCCUGGCCACCACCGCCGCUGCUAAACUCUACCCUCCCCCUGCUGGGGCGGGGGGGGGGGUGUCCCCUGGCCAGCCCAAGCCCCCUCAUCCCAACAGCCGCCACCGGACACACCACCCUCAACCUCUGGGAUGGGGCCGGAGGCGCCUGGACCCAGACAAAGCAGCAAAAGGCAGGACACCCUGGGCCCGGCCGGCCUACUUGCCCUGCACCCCCCAAACUCUGAAAUUUUAUUCUCAACUAGGUUUUAAUGCCCAGCGGCGCCAGCCUAGCCCUGUUGGGGAAGGCACCCACCCACCCCCACACAUACAACCCCAAAAAUAAAAUAAAAAAUAAGAU